UUCAUCUGUGCCUGUCAUCAGUUCAGAUUUUCCUUUAGGUUUAGUGUCUGUUUGUUUACAGUGAACUGUGUAUUUGCAUCAGAUGUUCUGUUCCAUACUGGUUGUAACCACUGUAUUCUCUUGACAAUGUAGGGUACCUUGUGAAACUUCUUGUGCUUCAUCUCAGCGUCCUGAAACAAAUGCAUCAAGAACUGUGCAUGUAUUCACUAUUACUACUAAUCGCAAUGUGAUCUUAUCUCCAAACAAAUACUUAAAUUUAAUGUUGCAAACACUCAGCAGGUUAGCACGAAGGACAAACUAACUGUAUGCUGAGAAUAUCAUCAUCUUACUGAAAAAGAGGACAUGUUUCAUGAGGGAAGUCAUAUGAUGCAAGCAGGAGAAAACUGCUCCGAACAGCAUUAGUCAAAAAGGACAAAUAGAGGGAGAGCUGGGAUGACAGUUGCUGGGGGCAACUUCUUAGAGAUUGCACAGGCACAUACUGCCAGCCCCUGAGCAGUGCAGGGGCUGAACAGUUCAAACAAGAAGAGUCUGACCCUUAAGAGGAACUGGAUUGCUACCUUCUAGAAAUUUUAUUUAAAUUUUCUGGGUGAGGGAAGCAGAGAAAUGUCAGUAAAAUAAGCUUAAAUUUUGGUUAUUAGUAUUUAAUUUGUCUUGGUACUGCAGUUUUACAAGAAAUCAGUCUUCUAAAAUGUAUUUAUUAAUCAGCUUGUAUAGUAUAGCUUUAAGCAUUGCCAGAUGUUUUAAAAUCAGUCUGUGAUUGUAAUCAAGUCAGGAGAAAGGAAAUUGCGAUCUGUCAUGAAAGGUGAUCCCAUAGAACAGUAAGGGUGACUUGUUUCUUUAUAUUCAUGUAAAAAAUUGUCUCGGGCUUAAUUAGCAAUAUGAUUGCAGUCAAACCUUGUACUUACUGGUGUUCUGUGAUUUCUGCUUUGCACUUAAAAAUACCAUUUUCUGUUUUGGUUAGUGCUGAUUUUCUUACCAUCUUCACUGAUAAGUUUGCUUGUUCCUCCCAAUCUUUAGAGCCAACACCGCCAAGAGUCAAGUGGCUUGGACUUACAUGUCAGUAGAAUGGUUUAUUAUGUUCCAUUAUUGAGGAUUCCUUGUUGCUGGUGAUGGGUGAGCCUGAAAAAACACAGCUUGACUUGCACAUCCCAGGCUGCUCUUUAGCCCACUGUCCUGAAGACAAGAGGUUCUGGCUGAUCAGGAAUCUCUCUUAACAAUUCAAGUUGGCUGGAGAAUGGAAGGUGUUGAGUUUAAGGAAGAAUGGCAAGAUGAAGAUUUUCCAAGGCCCCUGCCAGAGGAUGAUCCAGUUGAGUCAGAUAUAUUGGCUGCAGCUGGAGCAGAAGGUGAAGCUGAGGUUAAUGGAACCAAAGUGAGGAAGAAACUAAUGGCUCCAGAUAUUAGCUUAACUUUGGAUCACAGUGAGGAAUCUAUUUUGUCUGAUGACUUGGAUGAGAGUGGAGAGAUUGAUUUGGAUGAUUUAGAUACUCCUUCAGAAAACAGCAAUGAGUUUGAAUGGGAGGAUGAUCUUCCAAAACCAAAAACUACUGAUGUAAUUAGGAAAGGAUCACUUACUGAAUACACUGCAGCGGAGGAGAAAGAUGAUGAUCGACGCUGGCGAAUGUUUAGGAUUGGAGAACAAGACCAUAGGGUGGACAUGAAGGCAAUUGAACCAUAUAAGAAAGUUAUCAGUCAUGGUGGUUAUUAUGGUGAUGGGCUAAAUGCCAUUGUUGUGUUUGCAGUUUGUUUUAUGCCUGAAAGCAGCCAGCCUAACUACAGAUACCUAAUGGACAAUCUAUUUAAGUAUGUAAUUGGCACUUUAGAGCUGUUAGUAGCAGAGAACUAUAUGAUAGUUUAUCUGAAUGGUGCAACAACACGGAGAAAAAUGCCAAGUUUAAGUUGGCUUAGGAAAUGUUACCAGCAAAUUGAUAGAAGGUUAAGGAAAAAUCUGAAAUCAUUAAUCAUAGUUCAUCCUUCUUGGUUCAUCAGAACACUUCUGGCCAUCACAAAACCUUUUAUUAGCUCAAAAUUCAGCCAAAAAAUUAGGUAUGUCUUUACCCUGGCAGAACUAGCUGAACUCAUCCCCAUGGAAUACGUUGGCAUCCCAGAAUGCAUAAAACAGUAUGAAGAAGAAAAGUUUAGAAAGAAACAGAAAAGAGUUGACCAAGAGCUGAAUGGAAAACAAGAGCAGAAAAGUGAACAGUAAGUUUGGAAUCCAAACAAGACUGAAGAAUAUGCAGAUGGAAUGAUGCUAUUUUUGCUCCAUUUACAAUGCAUUCUCUAUGUGUGUAUAUAUUAUAUAACCUGUUGCAAAAGGUGCUUAAAUUUCCUUGGACUAGCACACAAUGGACUGCUUACUGCUGUAUUGGUUUGUCUUGACUUUAAUAGCUACGUUUAUGUAAUCAUUUUAUACUGCUAAAUGUCAAAGAACCCUACGUUUUCAGAGGAUGUUCUUGCAAUUGUUUAUCUAAAUGAUGCAUGUUCUUCAGUAAAAUAUUUAUAUACCUAAAUGUUAAAGGAAAGAGAUAAUAUAUAUUUUUAUGACUGAGCAAUAUCUUGUGUGUACCUGCUGAAAGAAUUCCUUUGCAGGUAGACAAGGCCAUAAGUUACUUGUUGUUACUGUAUAAAUCUGUUUUGCUGUAAAUGGUCAAGUGCAUUUCUUUGUUGUCACAGAAACCUUAAUUUGUUUGGAUAUUAACAAUCACAUAAUGUAGUCUUUCACAAGUAUGGAGAUCCUUAUUUUUGUUCACAUACCUAAUACAGGCAGUACUCAUUUACCUCACUAGAGUGAGUUUGAGCUUUGGUGUCUUCUAGUCCAUUUUCAGAAUGCAGGACUGCAGUUCUGUGAACUUCAGUCUGUUGGCCAAAGGAUUUAAGCCUAAGCCCCAGUAGAAGCUGAACUGUUUGAAUGGCUAAUAAGAUACCAGACCUUUCUCAAUUUAAGUUGUGAAGUUAGAUUCUGCUUCAGUAAAUCAAAGCUAUCUCAGCUACCAGUAGGAAAUGAGUUCAUUGUAGUUCUUCCUGGAUGAAUAUUGGUUAUCAUCAGUAGGAACUCGGUACAUACUCAGUAAAGCUUGGGAGUUACACAGAUAUUCUAGUCAUAAUAUCAAUUGUUUCAGUGGGAUGGCUGGGUCUUACGCUACCUUGUGGAUGAAAUAUCUUAGUUUGGCACAUGAUACCAGAACUAAUUUUGCUUAACAGAAAGGUGAUUUAAAGGUUGGUGUUUUUUUCCUUCCCUACAACGGUAAUAAACUUGUGUCUGUAAGAGGUGGUGUUGAGCAAAUAACUAGCUUAUCAGGGCAACAGUAAUGCACUGGGUGAUAUGUUGUAAAAGUUUGUAACAUCUUUUGAUAAUCAUUGCUAUUUCCCUGUAGGGACAGGUGCAUGCAAAUAAAUCCAUUCAGGUAUUAAACAAUACAAUAUUGUAGCAAAUAUAUGAAAUCUUCGCUUUUGGUUUUUAUACUCACAAUUUUGUCUUGAUCUCAAAAAUAGCAGUUCUCAAUUAUAUUAAAAGUUAAUGUUAUACAGUUCUCGUGUAUAAAAAAAAAAAAAAAAGGUUGCAUUCAACCAGAUUAUUACCUGACAAUGAUAAAUAGCAGCCAAGAGAGAGUUCCAUGGUCAGGACUUACUACCAAUUAACAAUUAAUCUACUGUCUCUAAUGAUACAUGUGUGGACUGAGACCAUAUUCAUGUCAAGUGAGGGCAAAUUGUGCAUGUCUCUGGGAGCUUGUCUGCCAUGCAGAGACUUUCAUCUCAAGAUCUAGGUACUUCUGUUAUGGUAGUUUCUGUAUCACAGUUUCAAUGAGAUUGAUGUGUAGGGUGUUCUCUUUCAACAGGCAGUGCUAAUUACAGGUUGUCUUGCAUCCAUUUCAUCAGGUUUGGAUCUUGCUCUGAAAGCAGAACACAAAUGUGAACAGUUUCUUUGGAGCUGUCUUACCUCCUGCUUCAAUUUCGAUGUUGACCCAGAUUAAUGUAAAGUUCCAGUCAGUAAAUUGGACACUUGCAGCCUGUUUACUUCUGAUACUUUCGCAGUGCGGUGUGUAUGAACAUGCAAACCUGUAAGCCUUUCUGGUUUUUACUGAUUCUGUGUGGGUCUCAAGCUACAUACUAAGCAUUCUGAUCAUCUCAUUUCAGUUUUUCCUAAUUAAAAAAAAGUAUUCUCAGUAAAAUCAUAUUCUUAGUGAAAGGGUUGUAGUUCUUUAUGUCUUGUUGCUUCCUAUGUGUAUAGUGCAGUAGAGAGUAGCCAGUCCUCUGUAUAGGCUGUAUUAUCAAAUGAUGGGAUUGUUACUGUCUUUCCUGGUGGCUGAGUGAUUCUACUGUUUCAUCCUGCAGCAGUACUAUUUCUUUUGGAAAUGUGUAUGUGCUUACCAAAUGGUUUAUUUCUCUAGUAUAAGUUUUUUUAAAAAUUAAUUUACAGCACAAGUUUUCUAUCCCUAAACAUAAGCAGCUUGAGAAACAGGUGUACUAAAGAAUUAUUCCCUUCUGACCUUUUGCAGCUCAUCAUUUAAUGGUGAGGUAGACAUUUACAAAAACUGAAGAGGUCCCAAAGUUAUCUUGAACACAAAUGAGUAACUUUUUGGCAAACUUAUCUUCUUUUUUAAAUCUAUAAAAUAAUUUAAUAUAUUUCAGUAUUUAAAAACAUGAAAAGUUGGAAUGUCAUACUUAAAUAAAAGUUAUUUUAAAACCUGAAUCACUUUGUGAUAAGAUGUAGUAUCGUAGGGAAUUCACCAUUCAAUGGCAUUUCCUUCUAAAAGUAAAACUCAUGUUGCUAGGAUAUGGUUUGAGCGCUGUCAAGAAAAGAUAAUUUCAUGAGUCACUAAUUUACCUUUGAUUUGGAGCUGUCAUUAAUUUAUAUAUGUGGUAAUAAGUCGUUAGUUAUCUUUUAUUAUUACUGCGCACAACUGAAAUAGAGGUGUUUGGGCCAGUGGCCUCUCUGUGUGGAUGUGACAUUUUGUAAAUUGAUUUCUACAACAGGAUAAACGUUCAGCAGUGGCAAAGAUAUUUUGAAGAAAGUGUCAUUGAAAACUAACGUGAGUAGACUCUAGAUUGUGUGAAUGUUGUUGACAUUCUAUGUAGGAUGGCAAAGCCAUGUUGUGUUGGAAAGUAAUAGGGAGGGAUGUAUAAGGAUUUAGUGCUGAAGCAGAUCGAAGUCUUUGAGGUUCUGGGAUGGUAAAAUGGUGAUUUUCUUUGGUUCCAAAAAGCUUAGCACUAGUUAAAAUAAUAUGUAACCUUGUUCUUACCAAUGCAGUUCAGCAUAUUUUUUUUCUUUAUUUUCAGCUAACAAGUAAAGAAUUGUACUUCUUGCUGUAAGGAACACUGUACUGAGAAACAGUAGUUAUAUUCUGAAUUGCACACAAUUAGUAUAUAGCCUGUAUUUGUUAGCAUGUUUCAGCAAGUUUGUUGCAUCACACACUUAAGUGCCCUAAUGAUGGCUUAACCUGUCAACAGUUUGUGUCAGAUUUAGAGAUUAAUUACAUGGUGGUAAUGGAAUCUUUUAUGAAAUUACCUUGAAGUGUGUCACAGGGAGGAGGGGUGGCAUUGGUGCCUAGUCAUAUGUCAGCUUCUUUGAUGUCAUCUGCUAAAAUGUCUGUAGCUAACAGAAAAUAAUAGAGCUACAUUGUGAAUAGGCACUUUCUAAACUAUAUCUGUCACAAAGUAGUAAGUUUCUUGGUGAAAAGAAUGUGUAUUUCUUCCAGUGUCAAAUUUUUGUCUGUGUAUCCUACAGAUUUAUACAGUAUUUAUUAUUCAGAGAGAUGGCUUAAAUGCAUCUCUUACCAAAAGCUGUUGUCUUUGGAGACGACUUUAAUUCUCAAGUCAUUCCAGUCUCCCUCAGAAAAGUCUCAUACAAUGAACAGAGGGGAGAGGGAUGAUAGUUUGUAUGCUUUUUGUAACCACAGAAGUCUUGCAAAGCUUUCACUGAAAAUUCUUACUCAGUCCUUGUGGAUGCAGGUCAUUCUCUAGGGGAUUUGUUUCACUGAGCGAUUGUUGGAGAUGCUUGAAAUAAGUGCUUUAAUUAUGCUUUCAAAGGAUACCUGGUUUUAGUCAGAGUGGCACUCUGAAAUAUAAGGAAUAUUUAAAUAUUCAUAUUCUGAAAGACAGAUUUUGCAGCUUUCCUAGCUUCAAAAUUCUAAGUUGAACUACCUUGUUUCCCUUAUUGCGUCUUGUUCCCUAUUUUGAGCUAACAGGAAAAAAGGGCAUUUGUGAAGAGGCUACAGUCAUGUUACAGUGUUUUCAUUAUUCCCUUCAAGCAUGACUGAGACCAGUGGAAUUAGAGCCAUUCUUUGCCCAACUGGAUCUUUCAGUUUUGCAAUUUCAACUGCUCAGAUUAUUCUGAUUUAAACAUACAGAUUUUUUAUUACUGUUAUUGAAAAUAACCUGUGAAGCUACUGGAGUGUUUUCAAAAAGUCACCAUGCUCCUUAUUUUAGCUUGCUCAGCUGCUAGUUAAUAUUUAUGACACAAUUCCAGGUUAAUAAUUACAAAAAAAUAUUAACGGAAGACAGAUGCUUGCUUUUCCAUUGGCUCUGCAGUUCUGCAGUGUUUUUUAUUCAGUCAUCUGAACAAAGCGUUUUUAUUGAAAAAAGCCCUAGUAGUAGGGUGGUCUACCAGUUGAGUGGUAGAUAAGAGGGUUAAGACAUUGUCUAUCAGUAUCAGUAAACUUUAAUAAGGGAAACGUGCAGUGUUUAACAAAAUGAAGCUGCAGUAGUCAUGCAAAAACAGAGGUUGUGAAUCACAGAUGAUAUAACUGGCUUAAAUUUACUAUUAAUAUUCUUCACAGAUGUGACUAUUUUCCUUUGCCCCUUUUAUAUAAAACUAAGUACAAGACUUUUUGCCUACCUCUUAAGAAUGUUAUGAUCCUUCCUUUUUAAAUGAGCUUCUGUUUUCUGUUUGUUCCAAGGUGUCAUGGAGUAAUGUGAUAAACACAUGCUAGCUGUUAAUGCUUAUGGGAAACUUAGGAAAAAAAAAAUAAAUGCUAUGGAAUAAAUCACCUUUGGAAAAGG